CCUAGACUACUAAACAUGAAGGUUGUUUACACCCUGACUCUGAUAUCUGUAUGCGUAGGUCAACCUACUGCUCACCGGGUACCUGGAGCCCGGUUAAAGCAUCCAGGCUGUCUACUUUACCCCUUCCUACCAGGAUGUACUCUAGCAGCUUUGUUUGGGGUUGAUGUACUCGGUAGAUAUGACUGGAAGACAUUGUGUACUCAGUACACUGACCUUCAAGUACACCCCAGGUGUGAGAAGUAUAAAAGUGAUGUUGUUCUGAACCAACUUGAAGAAGAAGUAAAUUCCCUUCUCUGGGAGAAAGAGGCACGUGAGAAGGAGAGUCACCAAGUUCGACAAAAUCUUGAAGGAUUUGAAGGAUAUGGAUACGUCUCCAGACCGGAUUUUCAAUUCAAGGAGACUAGAGAAAGAGAAGAUCUUGGAGAAUAUAUCAUUACCAGAAACUAACUAAGAAUAGCUAAUAUGCGCUGAAGGAAACAAAAUUGAAAACUCUGGAAAUUUAUAAUUUCUAUUAUCUAAAUUUAUUUAUAAAUA